AUGCGUGCCUAUUUGUUCAAUCUAAGCAUUCUUCUCUCACGUCAAUUCAUCACUUUGAUUUCAAUUGAUCGAUGGUUAGUAACAUCAUCUAGUGCAUGGCUUCGCAGGCAAAGUUCACCAAAAAUUACUCAAUGGUUGAUUAUAGGCAGUGUUAUAUUUUGGUCACUCUAUGCUAUGCAUGCUCUAAUUGGAUAUGGAUCCAAUCCGAGUGGUUGUUAUCCAUCUCCUGGCACUAUUUAUAGCCUAUUCUCUUCUAUUGAUGCAAUUAUGACAGCGGUCCUAUCAUCAGUAAUCAUGAUUAUCUUCAGCAUUCUCACUCUACAUAAUCUUCGCUUAAAUAGUAUCCGUCGAAUACAACCAAGUACAAUGCAACACACUCUUGUUACAGUACCCGAACGGCAACGAAGAUCAAAGCGCAAUACUCAAUUCCUUCGAUUGUCUCUUCUUCAAGUACUGGUCUUCAUCAUACUCAACUCUGGAUGGACAGUUUUUGCUAUUUUUAGCGCUGUUUCCAAACCAGCAACUUUGGGUUUGUUCAAUACAAUACUUCUGGUAUCAUUUUUACAAGGGUUCGGUAUUACAUUACUCUACAUCUAUGGCGUGACUACAUUGAUCGUAUACACAUUGGCUUCGAAAAUCUUUCGCAGCGAGUGCUGGAUGAUGUGUAAAAGAUGGUGGAACAAAGCAAAACAAUGUUUUUAUAACAUGUUUUAA